CAGUUCCCCCUUUGAUAGGUCCAGCUAGUUUCUAUCCAGCACAUUCAACCGCGACACACUGACGAGCAGGCUCUCGUCCUCCUACAUUCAUUUUGCAUCUUUGUUGAACUCGAUAUUCUAACGCAACUGGUUCAAUCAUGCUAGCCGAUCUUUCAAAAGGCACCAUCCUGUACUUGACACCUGUACUGAUGUUAACAGCACUCCUACUCUCACUGUUUGCGUACCUUGCCCCGACUGUUAUGUUGCAUAGCCAAGUCGCAUUGCUCACAGUCAUGCCUUCCUCUGCAUUGACACAUCCCGGGUCCAGCCAAGUAGUGGAUGGUCCCAGCAUCUUCCUUGGACCUUUGGGGUCGUGCUCUCGGCCAAGCAAUGAAGCUGGUCUGACGUGCACGCCAUCGUCUAUAUCUCCUGUCUACAAUACUUCUGUAUUUACAUCUAAUACCCCCAGCUCCGUCAUAUCGGCCCCACCGGAAGGUGCACCAGCCUUUAUCGCAAUUGCCCUGGUCUUCUCCGCGAUUUUUUUCUUCAUGUUCACGGCAAUAUCGUUCCGUCACCUGAUGGGCAAAGCUGGUGCUGUAUGGGAAAAACCCAUGGUGCAACGUGUUUCCGCAUGGAUUGGAGUAUUUGCCUUCUUGAUUGGUCUGGCAUCUACCCUCAUUAUUUUCAUGUGGUUUGGGAAGGCCGCUGAUGACUUCAAUCAAAGUAUUCAGGGUCAGGGAAGCAAUGGUCCCCAGUUGAUCGCCAAUACUGGCAACGCGUUCACGAUGAUUUGGGUAGCAUAUGCAUUCUUUGCCAUCCCUGUCGUGGUUUCGCUGACUAAAUUCCACGUUCUUGCUACGAAGUGAUGAUGACCAAGUAUGUUACAUUUACACGCACGGACUCGUAGACGCCAUCUUCCGCCACUCCAUCUAAAAUGUACACUUAUCUAUAGUCGCUUACUGUUGCUGUAUCCAUAAUGGAGACGUCAUUGCCCACGCCCUUCGGUCGAGAUGUUUGCGUGCACGAGCGGCUUGAAUCGAUGA